GCGAGAUUUCAUCGAACACCUCUCGGUCUCGGGCAUUAUAUCUCUUUCUUCUUCCCAAAUCCUUCUCCUCCAUCUCUUUCUCUCUCGAGAGAUCUCUCGCGUCGACGAUGGCUCCCGACAAGAACGCUGUCUUCAAGAAGCUCAAAUCCAGGUCCGAGAACAAGGUUUGCUUCGAUUGCAAUGCGAAGAACCCUACGUGGGCGUCGGUGACGUACGGGAUCUUUCUCUGCCUUGACUGCUCGGCUGUCCACCGUGGCCUUGGCGUUCAUAUCAGCUUCGUCAGGUCUACAAAUCUAGAUUCAUGGAGUCCCGAGCAGCUGAAGAUGAUGGCAUUUGGUGGAAACAACCGUGCACAGGUUUUCUUUAAGCAGCAUGGGUGGACAGAUGGUGGAAAAAUUGAGGCAAAAUAUACAUCUAGAGCUGCUGAGUUGUACAGGCAGAUGCUUUCCAAAGAAGUUGCUAGAGCUGCUUCAGAUGACUCUGUAUUUCCUUCAUCACCUGUUGCAUCUCAGUCACCACGUGCUGCAGAUGACUUUCCUGAUUUAAAGCUUCCGAAUUCAGUGAUAGACCAUUUAAGUGGAAAGCAUGAAGUCCUGGAACCUUCCAAUCCCCCUUCACCUAGAGCUCCUAUCCGUUCAGCAGUUUUGGGUUCUGCUAAAAAGUCUGUUGGUGGAAAGAAGAUCGGAAGUAAGACUGGGGGGCUUGGUGUCCGAAAGCUUACGACAAAGCCAAAUGAAAGUCUCUAUGAGCAGAAGCCUGAAGAGCCGACUCCAGUUGCUACUUCAUCAUCUGAUUCCAAUACAAGAUCUGCUUCAUCGUUGCCUUCCAGGUUUGAAUAUGUGGAGAGCAUACAAUCUGGUGGGACUGGACCUGGUGGAGGGCAAGUGAUUAAUCAUGUUGCUCCACCAAAGGCCUCAAGUUUCUUUGCAGACUUUGGCAUGGACUAUGGGUUUGAAAAAAAAUCUAGUUCAACUCCAAAAGUUCAGAUCCAGGAAGGUAAUGAAGCAAGGCAGAAGUUUUCAAAUGCUAAGUCUAUUUCAUCAGCCCAAUUUUUUGGAGAUCAGGUUAAAGACAGUGACAGGGAGGCAAAGGUUUCCUUGCAGAAGUUUUCAAAUUCAUCAGCCAUAUCAAGUGCUGAUUUUUUUGGACAUGAUGGGGAUGAUUCUGAGUUUGACCUGACUGCAACUGAUCUCAUCAAUCGAAUCUCUCUCCAGGCUUCACAUGACUUAUCCUCUCUUAAAGACAUUGCUGGCGAAACUGGGAAAAAGCUGACUUCUUUUGCAUCCAGUCUUAUGAAUGAUCUUCAGGACAGAGUCCUUUGAGCGGUGCACUUAAGUUACCUUUUAUAUAUGUUCAAACGGCAACUGCUUGUUAGGCAGAUGAUCUUUAGAGGAUACGUUCUUUUACGUAGAGUAUGCUCCAUAUUGCACUUCAGAUACCAAUAAAUGCAAGGUCUCCCUGUUGUGAUGCAUAAUAGAUGACAUUUUUGCUUGAGAAAAUUGUAAGAUUUUGGAGGCAUUAGUUCCUUGAAAUUGUUUUGUAUUUGUUAGUAUGUAUUUGGAGAUUUAUUUUAAACAUUCUUUUGUGUGCAAUAAAAUGCACAUCAAAUCAUUCUAGCAACCCUGUAUUUUCUACUAAAAUAAUGAAUACAUUCUCUCUUCUCUA